AUGCUCCAACAACUAAACGAAAUUCAUUUCCUGUACCAUUAUUCUCUGGACUUUUUGCUAGAGAUAUUCACAGCAGUAUUAGUCACUCCACAGCUUGAUUCCAUUACAGAUUAUGAACAGCGUUUAAGAAUCAUAGUGUCAAGUUUAUUCCAAAUGGUUUAUCGACGGGUCUCUCUGGGUAUGUUACAUCAAGACAAAGUUUUGUUGGCUCUAUUGCUUAUGCGCAUUGUGUUGAAAGGCGAUACCGAUGAACCUUCAUAUCAAAUGGAGUUGGAUCAUUUAUUGGGUCGUUCUGAAGUUUUCGGUUCUCAAAAACUAGUUCAUCACAUCGAAUCAUUACAUUACCUUAACGCGCAACAAAUAGCAUCAUUAUCGCAGUUGUCGCGUUUACCUGCUUUCACAGAUGUUAUGAAGAAUAUUGCUUCGAAUGUAGAAUUUGGAACUUGGGUAAUUCUCGAUAAUCCGGAACUAAAUGUGCCUGUACUUUGGGAUGGCAAUGACAAAUUAACAAAAAUUGGGCGUUGCAUGAAUGAAAUGCUUGUCAUUCACGCAGCUAGACCCGACCGCUUACUAGCAUCGUCUCAUCGACUGGUUGCUGCUGCUUUCGGAGAUGAAUUCAUGCAACAAGACAAAGUGGUUAAUUUGCGUGAUAUUGUUGAAAAUGAGAUUACUGCAAAUCGUCCAGUCUUGCUGAGUUCGGCUAUAGGUUUUGAUGCGUCGGGUAAAGUUGAAGAUUUAGCCGUGGAAUUAGGUCAAGAAGUCACUCCGAUUGCGAUUGGUUCCGCAGAAGGUUUUUCACAAGCAGAGACAGCGUUGAAUUCGGCUUCUAAAUCAGGAAGAUGGAUUCUAUUGAAGAAUGUUCACUUAGCUCCGUCUUGGUUGGCACAACUAGAAAAACGAUUGCAUUCUUUGAAACCACAUCCUCAGUUUCGUUUGCUUCUGACCGCGGAAAUCCAUCCUAAAUUACCUUCUCAAGUAUUACGUGCAUGUCGUGUUGUAGUCUAUGAGCCAGCAACUGGUCUAAAAGCAAAUCUGUUACGUUCUCUGAGUUCUUUGGCACCUCAGCGAAUCACGAAACCACCUGUUGAACGUUCACGCCUAUAUUUCCUGAUGUGUUGGUUACAUGCAAUUGUACAAGAACGAAUGCGCUAUACUCCAUUAGGUUGGGCAAAUUCAUAUGAAUUUUCCGACGCUGAUUUACGUGUUGCAUGUGAUACAUUAGAUGCUGCUGUUGACGCCGUUGCAAUGGGACGCACAAAUGUGUCACCUGAAAAAUUACCUUGGAAUACACUCCGAAACUUAUUAUCACAGUGUAUUUAUGGUGGCAAAAUCGAUAACUGCUUUGACCAAAUGUUGCUUGAUUGUUUUCUUGGAAAGAUUUUCACUUCGAAAUCAUUUGACUCUGACCGUGUGCUUAUCAGUAAUAUUGAUGGCAAAGGAGCUGAUCUUUGUAUACCAGAAGGCAAUUCGCGGGAACAUUUAAUUCAUUGGGUAGAAAAAAUGCAAUACUUGCAAUUACCGUAUUGGCUUGGUUUGCCAAAUAAUGCUGAGAAAGUUUUACUCACUGUGAGAGGUGAGAAUAUGGUUGCCAAUUUGCUUAAAGUGUCUGAUGAGGAAUUAGCGUUCCUUGGUGACGAUCAGAAGGUUCAGUCUCCUCCAUGGAUGAGUAUUCUUGCGGAACAAAGUUCUCAGUGGCUUAAGCUGCUUCCAAAAAAUAUUGUGAAAUUAAAGCGAUCUAUUGAGAAUAUCAAGGAUCCAUUGUUUCGUUUCUUUGAACGUGAAAUAAAUCAUGGCAUUAAUUUACUGACAUGUGUUCGAAGUGAUUUAAUGGAGGUUCACUUGGUAUGCAAAGGUGUACAAAAGCAAAGUAAUCAUUCACGUGAGUUAACUUCAGCUCUUAAUAAAGGCCUUGUUCCAACUGAUUGGUUGCGCUAUACUGUGCCAAAAGUUGUGACCGUAAUGGCAUGGAUCCAUGAUUUUGUUGAAAGAGUACAGCAGCUAAUUAAGCUAUCUGGAUCUUCUUCGCUAAAGAAUGAAAAAAUCUGGCUAGGUGGAUUAUUUUCACCGGAGGCGUAUAUAACCGCUACGCGACAAACUGUGGCACAGUCUAAUCAGUGGUCUUUGGAGGAGUUACGUAUGCAUAUUGAAGUAGGUGUCACAGAAGACAGACCCGACACAUUCAGAGUUAAAGGUCUUCGUUUGAUGGGUGCGGUAUGCAAAGAAAGUAACAGACUGGAGAUUGUCGAUGAAGUGAGCACGGAUUUAGAAAAUGUUGCACUGUCGUGGUCCCGUAAAGUGAGUCCUUUAGACAACAUAUCUCUCCCGGUGUAUCUUUAUCGGGACCGGAAGAAUUUGCUGUUCACACUUGAUUUCGAUCCCAUUGGAAUAGAGAAAACUAAUUUCUAUGAAAGAAGUGUAGCCAUUACAUCAAAUAACUCGCUUUCUUAA